CGGCCUACGACUACAACCCGGUCAACAGCAAAACGACACAGUAUAACAAUGGAAGACAGACUCAUAACACAGGGAUUUGACGUUAGCAUCGUUAAAAAAAACUCUGAUAGACUAUAACCAUAGACGUAUCUGCUGUUGAUAAUCGGCGACAAAAAUGAGCAGUGAAAGAAGAGUAAACCCACAAGAUUUGUUCGCUGAGGCAUCAAAAGCUGCCGAUGAGCUCUACAACAUUCGGGAAACAUAUUUUCCGCCUAACCCAGAUGAUAAAACCUCCAAACUUAACACAGACUCAACUCUCGCCCUCCAACUGCUCGAUUCAAUUCCUCCAGAGAAGAGGAAAUCGCCAAUGCAAAGAGCAACUUAUGAGUAUUUGAGAGGAAAAAUAUUGGAUGUGUUUCCUGAGUAUAAGAAAGAAGCAGAGGAUCAUCUCUCUAAAGCUGUGAAGUUGAAUCCAUCACUUAUAGAUGCUUGGUUAAGUUUGGGAAAUUGCAUUUGGAAGAAGGGCGAUUUAGCUUCGGCAAAGAAUUGCUAUACACUUGCCCUAAGCAAGGGCCCAAAUAAAAGGAUACUUUCUCAGUUAUCAAUGCUUGAAAGAAGAAUGGCUCAAGGCAAGAGUACUGAAAACCAGGCAGAAAUUGUUGAAGAAAGUGUGAAGCAUGCAAAGGAAGCAGUUACUCUGGAUGUCAAGGAUGGAAACUCUUGGUAUAACCUUGGCAAUGCGUGCCUUACUUCCUUCUUUGUGAGUGGAGCUUGGGACCAAAGCAAACUUUUGCAAUCAUUAAAAGCAUACCAACAUGCUGAAAAAGAUAAAAGAAUGGAGUCCAAUCCUGACCUAUAUUACAACAGUGCUACUGGCCGGCCUGAGGAGACCACGCAGUAUGAACAAAAAUAAAUCACCAAGUUAUAUGUGUCCGAGGAAGACAGAGCUAGCAUGUUUGUCAAAGGCUACGUUUGUGUGGAUCCCAUCAUGAGGAGAAUAUUCUAUAUCAUUCUCUUGUUGCCAUUUCAUUGCAGAUGACUGUGAAUACCCUAUGAUGUUAUGAACAAAAAUCUUUUAUGAGACUAAGGGCACAAUUAGUAACAUAGCGGUGUCUGUUUUUAUUU